AUGUCCGACGUCGAACAAGCUGUGGUGCGGCUUCGAGAUAUUGUCAGCCGUUUCGAGAGCGUCAUGAAUGAGACAAACGCUGUGUCUGCAGAGGAAAGUAUAGGUGAUGGUUAUCCGUUUGGAUCUGGGUCGAGCAAAGGGGUGGAGGGACAGGCUUUAGACGAGCUAGACUUGCUAGUAGCAGAGGAUGAUCUUGGUGUACUCUUUGCUCUAGUCAGGCGGGGCCGAGAAGGGUAUGAAUUCGAGGCUGUCAAGCCGGAGAUCAAGCGGACCAGGCCACCAUACAACCCUGGAGGUUGGCUCUGA